AUGACUUCUCGUUUAACAGGAACCAAGACUCCUAAUGGCAAAGGUUAUCAAGAUCCUGACGAAGAAUGUCCAGUUUGCAGGAAUACACGAUAUCUUACACCUAAUAUGAGGCUACUCGUGAGUGAAUGUUAUCAUAAGAUGUGUCAAUCGUGUAUUGAUCGAUUGUUUGCUAAUGGUGCAACUGAAUGUCCUAUCCCAGGCUGCAAAAAGACAUUAAGAAAAAUAAGUUUUGUGGAACCAACAUUUGAAGAUUUGAGUGUCGAGAAAGAAGUUCGGAUUCGUAAAAGACUUGCUUCACAGUUCAAUAAGCGUAGAGAAGAUUUUAAUUCCCCAAAGGAAUACAAUGACUAUCUCGAAAUGGUUGAACAGUUAGUAUGGAAUCUUAAUAAUGAUAUCGAUCCGGAAAAAACGAAAGCUCGGAUUGAGAGUUUUGCCUUGGAAAAUAAAGAAAUAAUAGCAAAAAAUGCCAAAAAACAGUUUGAAGAAGAGGAAUGGGCUAGUAGGAUUCAAGAUAAUGAACGAAUGAAAAAGAAGAAAAAUUUCGAAGAAUACACAAAUAAAUUGGCUGAAGAAAAAAAGGCCAAAGAAGCACAUAAAGCAGAAGUAAUUGAGUUACUGGCGAAUUCCACUGAAUCAGCCAAAUCAAUAUUGAAAAAGAAGGGAACUCGCGAGAAAUCCAAUAUUUGCAACCAAGAUUCAAUAGACAAUGAUAAUAAUGGUGGUAUUGGAGAAUUAUGGAUCGGUUUAGAUAUUAAAGUUUCACAAGAAGAUGAGACACAAGAAUUUGAUCCUAUUGCAUCAGAAUAUAUGGACAUUGAUCAUUACACGCUUAAAGAUAAAUAUUAUGAUACAUAUUUACCCAGUCUUUCACAAAUUAUGCGAGCGGGCGGGUAUAAUCCAAAAUUUACUUAUGAACGAUCACUUCAGGGCGCAUUUUCUGGCAUUUUUUCAUUCACAAAAUCGGAAGAUUCCCCAUGA